CCUCACAGCCUCUGAGGGGUGCUGGGUGCUAGAAUCCGACCUUUGAUUUUUCUAAGGACUAAAGGGGCCCUGCAAUUCCAGGAAGAAAACCCAGAGGUGGGGGGGGAUGGGGGAUGGGCCCCACCUUUGGGAAUCUUGGAUGAGGGUCAUUUUCUUCCUCCUCGCCUGGGAAGUUUGCAGAGACCGGAGAUAGAGACCCUGCUGGCAUAGGAGCCCCACAUCCCAGCCUGGGGCUCCCUGGAUCACAGGGAGGGCAGUAGUGAAGAAUGGAGGUACAGCCUCCAGGGAGGCCUUGCCCACCUGGCUCCCCAGCUUCUCAGGAGGCUUACCCCUGACCCCAGCCCCAGAAUCCAGUCUGGACCCUAGUGGCCUUUUCAGCCCAGCGCUCCAGCCAAAAGUUUCCUGUUACAGCGACUGGACUGAGAGGUAUUGGGGGGAGGCAGGGAGGGUUAUCCCUGCCCCUCUGAGUAACGUAGAAGAGGAAAGGAACUGACUCCUGAACAAAAGGAGUACAGGCUAGACACCUAGAAGAACUUCCCUCAGCACAAACGCAACUCUUGCGGAGAGAAGUGGACUUUGGGCUGUGGGAAUAGGCUACAGUAAGGAAGACGUUCUUUUCUGGCUCUCGUAAUGAGUUCGGGAAAAAUGACCUUUCCAAAUUCCAGGUCUCUUGGGAUUCAGGGCAGGGCAGCGGAUCCCCAAUGCUCGCGACCGGGGACAGGCGCCCUGCCAGAGGGGUGGAAAAAGUAGUGUCCCUAUUCCCGAGGCCACCACCCUCUCCCUUCCUCGCCCAGUUACUCCGCCCCCACAUCCUGCCCCUCGCGUCCUAGGUCCCUGGGUUGCUGGCCGGCAGGGGAGGAGUUAACUCUGGAGGUACCGGCUGGGCUCACAGUACCUGCCGCCGCCGCCGCCGCCGCCGCCGCAGCCGGUGGGAGGGACGAGGAAGCGGGAGCCGCCUGGGCGCCAGAAGCGCUCCAGUCUGGCGGGGCGCUGCGCGGGUAGCGGCGGCGGGUCUCGGCGCGGCCAGGGGCGUCCGCCAGGGGGCGCGCCGCGACGGGGCGGGAGGGGCCGUCUGGUCUGGGGAAUUAGCACAGGGACGAGCGCGCGCGCGGGUCCCCAACACAUCUGGGCGAGAGCGGCGCCGCUGGAACCGAGGGGGCAUAUCUGGAGCGGCGGAGCCACCGCGCAGCUGGGGCCCUUCGAGGCGCUCGGGGCACCCAUCUGGGACCUCGAGAGGGGGCCGUGCCGCGCGCAGCUGGACCAGGGGAGGGGGGCGGCGGCUGCACAGCUGGACCGAAGGGGGCGGGGUCGGUCCUGGGCGGCUGGCAGGGCGAAGGGCCGCGAGUGGCCUGGGACUGGAGCAUGGGACGGCGCGCCUGAAAGAGCAGGGGUGAGGAAGGGCCUGGUACCCUGAGGGGGAAAGACGAGAGAAAGGGGCACGAGAGCAAAGGAGGAAGAUGCAACUGACUCGCUGCUGCUUCGUGUUCCUAGUGCAGGGCAGCCUCUAUCUGGCAGGGCCACCGCACACAGCCCCAGGCAUGGCCAGGGCCAGAAAAGAGACCACAAACCCCUUUGGAGCCCUCCAGACCUCAGGCAUCCCCCACCCUCAUCCCAGGGUCACCAGCAAAUCCAGAUGCUGCCCAGGUGUGAGCUGGUGCCCCGGUGCUCAUAACGAGAUACGUAAGGUCAUCUGUGGCCAGGAUGAUGGUCCCCCUGGCUCAGAGGACCCUGAGCGUGACGACCCUGAGAGCCAGCCCCGGCCCCGGAUGCCUCGAAAGCGGGGCCACAUGUCACCGAAGUCCCGCCCCAUGGCCAGCUCUACUCUCCUAGGCCUGCUGGUUCCACCUGGGGAGGCAUGGGGGGUCCUCGGGCAGCCCCCCAGUCGCCCGAACCACAGCCCCCCACCGUCGGCCAGAGUGAAGAAAAUCUUUGGCUGGGGUGACUUCUACUCCAACAUCAAGACGGUAGCCCUGAACCUGCUCGUCACGGGGAAGAUCGUGGACCACGGCAAUGGGACCUUCAGCGUCCACUUCCGACACAAUGCCACGGGCCAGGGCAACAUCUCCAUCAGCCUCGUGCCCCCCAGUAAAGCUGUAGAGUUCCACCAGGAGCAGCAGAUCUUCAUUGAAGCCAAGGCCUCCAAAAUCUUCAACUGCCGGAUGGAGUGGGAGAAGGUGGAACGGGGCCGCCGGAUCUCGCUCUGCACCCACGACCCAGCCAAGACCUGCUCCCGAGACCACGCUCAGAGCUCAGCCACCUGGAGCUGCUCCCAGCCCUUCAAAGUCGUCUGCGUCUACAUCGCCUUCUACAGCACAGACUACAGGCUAGUCCAGAAGGUGUGCCCGGAUUACAACUACCACAGCGAUACUCCCUACUACCCCUCCGGGUGACCCUGGGCAGGCCACAGAGGCCAGGCCAGGACUGGAAGGACAGGCCUGCCCACACAGGAAGCCAUCUGUCUGGAUACUGGGCAGGGAGAGGAAGGGGCCUCAGGCGGGGAGCGCGGGGGUGGAGAGGGCGCCAGGGCCAAGCCUCAGGUGGCGGGGAAGGGGGCGCAGGUGCUGGCCCCAACCUGAGGCUGUGGAGCAACCAGGACACAGGAGCGCUGGCCGAGGAGUGGGUUCUCUGGGCGGCCUCCCAGGGCUUCCCCACGGAGCAAUAGAGAGAUGCUGGGUCCAGGAGGCCCCUGGAGCAAGCAGACCAAUAAAGUCAUGGAGGGGAGCCCAAGACCUUGGCUCCCUCCCUGCCAUCCUGCGGAAGAACACAGCAAGGAGAGGGCUAUUUCAUCGGUGAGGACAGCACGCGGGCACUGAAGGAUGGCGGAGCUGGGGCUUCCUGGGAGCCAGCACCGGAACUCUCCAGCCCCACCCAGUGGGCCGACCCGAGCCCUCAUCCUGGACUGUGGCUUGAGGCUGAAGUGGUGACCUGUGGAGUCUUCGAUGUCUUGACAGAGAGACCAUCUGCCCCCAGCCAGGCCACCCCUUCCCAAAAUUCCUUCUCUUGCCAUUGCUCCCCACCCCCACCCUUGUGCUGAAGGGGACCCUUGUCCUUAAGCUGAGACGGGGGCGAUCGUAAUUCUUGCAGCACCAAGACCACACGUGGAAGCCCACCCGUGAGCCACGUGCAUCCCACUCCUUGCUGGCUCCUCGGGGAACGACCUUAUCCAGCGAGUGAGCCUUCCAUAGCCAGCCUUGCCCAUCAGCCCAGGUCUUGCCAGGACAGAGAUGCUGCCUCCCCUGUGGCCCAUGGGACCAUCUGCAGCUCGGGGCAGGGUGAGGCCACACCGCGGCGGGUGUGCUGGGCCUGUCCCGUAGUGUCUGUCUGUGGGGGUGGGGAGGGGGGAGGUUUUGUGAAAUCAUCAGUUUGUUGACUUCUGUGUGCAGACUCUCGUUCUCAGAUCAAGGAAUAAAGCUU